AUGCCGGAGACAAUCGAUGCCACGGUGUCGACUUCGGCAAGUGAGGAUCUACCGGCGUGUGUUACUGACCUCUGUUCCGCCCCGCGUGUCUGGGAGGAUCCAAAGUCGGCGUUGGAGCGAUCGUGCAAGACCUCGCUCUCGCGCGAGACAAACGUGACGUACAAGUACAAGGCCAUGAGCGUCGAGACGGAGAAUCCGCGACACAAGUCCCACGAUGUUGUCGUCAUCCCAGACGCCGCCUUUGUCUUCAAUCCGGCUGAUCUCCAAGACGCCAUCGCGCCGCAUGCCUGCAAGCUGACUUCCUGGGCUGACGAGAGCCGGUGCAUGAUCGGCGUGAACGACCACAACGAACCCGGCUCUUUCUUUCCGCGCAGCGAGAUCAUACGCUGCAGGAUCGGCGUCCACGGCCUCGAUACUGCCUUUAUCCCCGAGCCUGGAUCGCCCUUUAUCACCAAGCUCGACACUGAGACACUUUUUACCCACCUCGAAGGGAGGACCAUUCAUAUUGUCUCCGAUUCGGUUGGCCGUGGUCUAUACACGGACAUAGUGUGCGGCCGCGGCCUCCGUGCCGUCGCCUACGCUCACACGAAAGACUCGUAUGCCCUCCGUGCAUGUACCUACUUUGAGCACGAUAUCCUCAUCUGCCAAAAGUGGCACAACUUUGAGCUGGCAGACAAGUUGCCGAGGCUCUGGCCGCUGAGACUCCCCGCCGACCCGAUAUGCAAGUCUG